CAACCACAAUCUGAUUUCACAGCUCACAGCCACACCUCUGCCGCACGUUUCUCUCUCCCUAGCGCUCCCAUCGCCUCCCCCGUCUCCCUGCGCUUUUCCCUGCGCCCUCUCUCUCUCCUCCCUCCCGCGCUGCCAUGGCGUCCGCCGCGUCGUCGCGCGCCGUGCAUCGCGCCGUCGCCGCUGUGCGCGGUAGAGAGCGCCGUCGCCCACUCGCCGCAUCCCCCUGCGCUUCCCUGCGCCUCUCCGCGCCACUCCGCGCGUCACCUCUCCCCACAGCGGCUUCCAAAUGCCGCCCGCUCCGUGCGCCGGUUCCGCCACACUCGCGCCCGCGGCGCCCAGCGGUGCGCGCAGCGGCGGCUCCCGCGGUGGCGGCGAUGGCGGAGGACGGGCUGCUGACGCGCGCGGCUGUGGCGGCGUACGGCGCGCUGGUGCCGGCCGGCACGGCCGCGAGCCUGGGGCUGACGGAACUGACGGUCGUCCUCGCCCUGCGCGAAACGAUCAUCGCGCUCGCCACUGUCGCCAUCUUCGUCGCCGGGCCCAGAAUAUGCCGCCUCGUCAACUACGUGUGGGGCACGCUGGUGAUGCGGGACGACGAGGUGACGGAGGAGGAGUUUCAGGACAGCAUGUUCGGCGCCAUGGUGGCGCCGCUGCAGUUCGCCCUCGUCGCCUUCUUCUUCUCGCGCCAUCUGCGUCUGUUGGUGCCGCUGCUCAAGCUUCCCCUCACGGCGGCUGUGGUGGGGCAGGCGCGCGCCGUGGCGGCGGUGGUGGCGGUGACGUGGUUCGCAACGGGGUGGAAGGACCGCCUCAUGAAGCUCGUGGCGGCCAACCACCCCGAGGACAAGCCCGUGCUGGUGAAUGUGAGCAAGCUGCUGACGCUGUUGCUGCGCGUGGCGGCCGUGGGCACGCUGGCGGAGAUGAUGGGCGUCAGCCUCCGCUCGCUCAUCGCCGUGGGCGGCAUCUCAGGCGUGGCGAUCGGGUUCGCGUCCAAGGAGAUCGUGACCAACUUCUUCGGCGGGCUCAUCCUCUUUCUCACGCAGCCCUUCGUGGUGGGCGACAAGAUCAAGGCGGGCAGCGUCACCGGCCGCGUCAGGGAGAUCGGCUUCUUGCAGACCAAGCUCGAGGCGGACGACAACUCGCCCAUCGUCGUGCCCAACUACAUCUUCAACACUGCGGUCGUCACUAACUUUUCGCGUGCGGGCUGCCUGGCUCUCGAGGCCACGUUCGUGCUGCGCAACGAGGACAUCGUGCGCAUCCGCCCCAUCACGCAGCGCCUCACGGCCUACCUGCGUGCGCACCCGCGCGUGGACCUGUCCAAGGGGCCCACGCUGGCGUUCCUCAAGCAGCUGUCAGGCACAGGGCUGCAGGUCGGCAUCAUGACGUGCGUCCAGGACAUGGAGGAUGAUGAGUUUUUGGAGGUGCAGCAGGAGAUCCUGGAGGCCAGCGUGGAGAUCAUAGUGGAGGAGGGCGCGUACCUCGGGGAGAGCGCGCCCUUUGAGCCCUCCGCCGCACUCGCUGCCACGGCCUAGGCGGACGGCACCAGGCACUGCCAUUCGUGCUGUGCUCGCUCCCCUCGCGCACAGCAUCCUGUUUCCCGGGAACAAUUCAUCGCGAGCAGGAAGAAGGCCUGCUGCAGCGGGGACAUGGGCGUGUUAACAACUGUUAGAGGUGAAAAUGUUGGCGAAAGGGAGGAUGUGUCAUUGCGGUUGCGGCGCUACUUCAGCAGUGUUGGGCUGACAAUAGCCCUAGGAUCUUUUCAGAAUGCUACGUCCUUGUACCGUAUUCCCCCGUAUAAAACACCCGCCAGAAUUAAGCUCCCCCAGGUAGCUUAAGCGGGGGUUUAGGAUAUGGGUGGGUAUGGGUGUUUAAUUUUUCUGGAUAUACAGGUUUGUGCCUUAGAGGGUACAACACACUAGUCUAUAUUACCCUUCCAUUCUAGUCAUAC